GGGAAAAAAAAAAAAAAAUCAUCAUAUCACGUACGUAACGUCAUACGUCGAUUGAACUGCGUCACCCUAGGCCCCUCCUACCUAAGGGAGAGCGCACAUUCCUAUUGUCCAAGAUGGCGGCGUCGGUGCAGAAACCGAGAUGCUGACAUGUUUUUAACCUAUUUUAUAUUUUUAGUCGGACAUUUAUGCACGAUUUUUCUUUGCUUAGUGGCUCUUUUUGUCCCAGUAAACCUUUGUGGCCAUUGUGGUUUUGUUAACACGCCUGGAAUCCGCUCUCCGGGAAGGAUUCCCAUCCGAACACCGAAAAGUUUGAGCUCCAUCCUCCUUUGAAAAUGAAGAGGCAGGCCGCAAGAGAGACUAGUCCGUCCAGGGCCAUUGCGAAGCGGAUGCGAGAAAGGGAACGAGAAAGUGCACGGAGAGAUGAGCUGCCACCGCCACCACUGGCUCUGCUGCUGGCAGAGAGCCGAGGGUAUCACCGCCGGAGCCGUAGCAGGGAACGAGAGAAGCCGCGGAUCAGGGAGGAGCGUGCGGCCGCUCUGGAGCUCCACCACCGCCAUGAACUCAGCCUCCUUGGACGCCCUCCUCUAAGAACCACCGCUGCGGAGCUCCCCGCGGCCAGACCUGCAACUCUGGAGUACAAAACACUGCUCAUCAGUAACCUCGGUUCACAAGUAUCGGACGAGGACGUAGAGGACACGCUUUUUCAUGAGUUCAAAAAGUUCGGGGACGUUAGCGUAAAGCUAUCUCACACACCGGAGCUGGGCCGGAUCGCCUAUGUGAAUUUUCGUCAUCCUGAGGAUGCUAAGGAGGCCAGGCACGCAAAAUCUUCCAGGUUGAUGUUGGGGGAUCGCCAGUUAAAAAUUGAACCUAUGUACGUAAGAAAACGUAGUGUGACACCGCCAGAGGUGGGUUAUCUACCCCUGCACGCCCCUUACCCCUAUAGACAACGCUCUCUAUCACCUCCCGGUCCUGGUGUGAGCAGCAUGAGAGAUCUACGAGCCAGGCAUUAUGCUUUAGAGACUUUAGGACUGAGUAGAGAGAGGGAAAGGCUUUUAGAUUACUAUGGCAUGUUGGAUGAGAGGGGCAGACCCUAUGGCUUCCCUCCAGUGCCAGUGGUGGAGGAUUUGAAGCCAGAGGACGACCAGCGUGCCACCAGUAACCUUUUUAUUGGGAAUUUAGAUGGAAAUGUCACUGAAGCCGAGUUAAGAAGAGGUUUUGACAAGUAUGGCAUUAUUGAAGAUGUUGUAAUUAAACGACCUGCACGUGGACAAGGUGGGGCAUAUGCAUUUGUCAAAUUUCAGAACCUUGAUAUGGCCCAUCGAGCUAAAGUAGCUAUGCAGGGACGCUUAAUAGGAGGGAACCCUAUAAAAAUUGGUUAUGGUAAAGCUAACCCCACAACCCGGCUCUGGGUGGGAGGUCUUGGACCUGGUAACUCACUAGCGGCUCUGGCCCGAGAAUUUGACCGUUUUGGGAGUAUUAGAAAUAUAGACUAUGUUAAAGGGGACAGUUUUGCUUACAUUCAGUAUGAGAGUUUGGAUGCUGCUCAAGCUGCAUGCACACAGAUGAGAGGUUUCCCUUUGGGAGGCCCUGAGCGGCGCCUCAGAGUUGACUUUGCAAAGGUGGAAGAGAGUCCAUCCCGUCCAUUUCCAGCUGGUUACCAGCCUGCUGUUGCACUCCCUUCCCAUUAUGAGCUCCUUGGUGAGGCAUACAGCCGCCAUCGCAGCCUGGAAAGAGAGUUACGAGGCAGCCGGGACCGCUCCUCCCCACCAGCACACAGCCUCCUGUCCCAGAGAGAGCGAGACAGGGCCCUGCUGGACAGGGACUUCCCCAGCAGCCCCACACGGAGCCUAGAGAGGAGAGCAGAGGCAUUCGGCAGGAGGAGGAGUCGGAGCCGCAGUCGAGAACGCUGGUUAAAGGAGCGGGAGGAGAGGAGGAAUCGUAGGAGAAGCAGGAGCUUGUCCCCUGAUCGGCAGGCUGAGGAGCGUGAGCGGGACCGCGACAAAGACAGGGGGAGGUCCAGGCUCCGGGGGCAAGGAGGGAUGCUAUCUCCUGAUGCCAGCCCUGACAGAGCACGUGUCCGUGCCCCAGAUUCCACUACCGAACCCAGGGACCACACUCCAGACAGUGGUAGGGCAGGUCACUCUCUCACCAAUGAUGACGAGCCACCCUCCAGUCGCCACCACAGCAAACGGACCUCUAGUGACCUCAGCAACCACCACCAUCGAUCCAGUGAGUCUGCAAACUCUCCUGCACGACACACCGACACCCACGCCUCGCCCACAACAUUGUCUGACUUUGCACAGGCAACGCUUGCCAAAAUGUGGCACGGUUUCUUUGCCCUGAAGAACAGCAGCUUUCCUACCAACCUGUACAUGUUGGAUGGCGGGACCUCUUUCUUCAAUAACAUCAUGAAGGAUAGUUUGAAACAGCUGAGCCAGAACCAGCCCAGUCAGCUUAAGAUUGCCCAACGGUUGCGCAUGGACCAGACCCGUCUGGAUGAAGUGUCACGGCGCAUUAAACUGGGCCGUCCGGAUGGUUUUGCUGUUCUCCUCGCACUCCAGGGCCCAGUGGACCGCCAGGCUCCUGCCCCAGAGCCCGGGCUCCAGGUGCGUCUUCUCCGCCACCUGGUCACAUAUCUGCGCAACAAGGAAGCAGCAGGGGUGGUGAGUUUGCCUGCUGCUAAUGAUGGGGGUGUUGGGGCCAUGCUGUAUGCUUUUCCUCCUGGAGAGUUCUCCCAACAGUUCCUCCAGGUGGCCAAAAGGACUGUGGGUAAUCUGGAGGAGGAGCACAUGGUUAUUGUGAUUGUCAGUGACACUAAUUGAAUUGUAAAUGUAGAGAAGUGUAGUCCAAGAGCCAAAACAAGGCUACAAAAUACUUCCAUAUAGUUUUUAGUAGAUGCAUUUUAUUAUUUGAUUCGUUUUUGUAGGAUGUUGACACUACAUCCAUGUUUAUGACCUGUCAUGUUAGGGAAUUUUAGAUUCAAACUACGAAAGACAAUAUAUGCUCGCUGCACAUUUUCUGUAACAUACAACACUAAAUCUGAUUAUUGAUGUGCUUGUUUACUUUUUCUGAAAUUGACCUUACCAAGAUGUUAUAUAUAUAUAUAUAUCUAUAUAUUAUAUUUACUCAAUGGGACUGGAUAUUAUUCCGGUGGAUUGUACUGUAAAGAUGCUCUAAGCACCAGUCGCCAUGGCCAAUUGACCGUCCCUGUGAGUGUACAUUAGACAUAGGUAGUGUUUUUAACUAUUGGACCAUUCCUCUUAAGUUUUUGUGUGGUAUGUUUUUGCAUGCAGGAAUAUGUCUCUUUGGUCUGUUAAAUGUAGCUUCCAGUUACUGUAAACACUAAUAUGGACUUUCUACAAACUUAGUGUCAUGGUGCAAGUUGUAUUACUAUAAACUUUUUAUGUUUAUUAUUCAGUAACCGAUACAUGACUCCAUCCAUUUUCUAUCCCGCCAUGUUUUAGUUUAUUAUUUUAUAUUACUUUCCAAUUUACAGUUACUGAAUAUCAACGCCACAGUAAGGGAAAAGGCAUGUUCAAAGUUAUACUUUUGUGCUAUUUUAUUUAUCAUUUAAAACUACAGUCUUUCUCCAAUUAUAAUAAUUAGGUAUGUAUUUGUUAAAACAUUUGACAAAACGGAUCAAAUAUUGAAAUGAAAUGGUCUGUUAUCUGGCAGAAGUAUUUAUCACCAUAUACAACUUUUGACACUACUUCACCAUUGAUGUGCCUGAUUUACAGAGAUGGAUGAGCAUUUUUUCUUUACCUGAGUAAGAAUACAGUUGACUAAACAGAAGUAUAGAAAUAGGUGAGCAGAAAAGUAAUGAUCUAAAUAAUGAAAUGUUUUUUUGUUGUUAUUUUGCUCACUAACGGUCGAAAUAAUAGUUCUCAUGUACAAGUUAACCACAAUUUCUUGAGCAAGCCUUUUAAGUAAAUGCACCUCAUUACUAUGUUGUGUCUCAAAGUACUUUACGAUCAAUCAGUUUUUGUUGCCCUUAACAUAACAUGUUUUAUCAAUACUGUAGCUUUCUUAUUUGGCAAUUCAUGUAUAUGUCUAACUGACAAAGCAAAACACUGUUGUAUAUGACCUGGAUUAUGUGGUGUGGUUUACUCACUAAUACACUGUGUAACAAAUAUGAUUUUCUAUGAGCCCCCGAUUUCCAUGUGUUUGAAGAAUGAUGGUGUUGCCCUAGAGACCACUGUCGUUAGCUAACAUGCAACCAUGUCAAUCAAAACCAGUUACAACCAUUACAAUUCAAACCAAUGUGACAACAGUGUCUCCAUGUGGUUUUGUUUCUGUCUCAAGGGACAUGUAUAGUGUAUUGGGAAAAAAAGUGUAAUAAAACAUUUUAUGAUUUCUUA